UCUAAUACAGUCUUUUUCUCUCUCAUGGAGACUCCACUCUGAUCUUUAUAGCGGAAAACAUUAGAGGAAGCCGCCUCCGUUUCUCUCUCUUAAGAGUUGUUAAAGAGAAACCUCUCUUUCUCUCUCCCUCUCUCUUGAAUCUUGAAGCAACCCUAAUUCAACCAUAACCGAUACAAGGCAAAAACAAGAAGUUUUCCUGCAAAAACAGACAAUCCCAGUUCAGCAACUAUCAAUUUCAUCAGAUGUUGUGGUUUUAUUUAUAGAAAACCCUUUCUAUCAACGAGAAGGUGGAAAAAAGUAUGCACUGUCUUCUUUGCAGAUCAGUGCUUUAAUCAUGGCUACUUUCUGGCAAAUAUCUCUUUCUAGAUCUCUUUUCGUAGUAGCUUCUUCUAUUUAAUGGUUCUGUACAAAUAAGCAAGCUAAAUCUAUCUUCAUAUAUCUGUCUCCCCCUCGCGUUAUUCCUUCCUUUUUCUUGUUGGUGUUCUCUCUGUAGAAUUUGCUUUCUUGCUGUAAAAGAGAGGAGGAGAGAGAGAAGAAGAAAUGGAUUCUGGCAACAGUGGGAGUUUGCAGUCAUCUAGUGGUGGUGAUGAAGAGUACGAUUCACGCGCCGAUUCGAUUUCAGCUUUGAUGAAUCAUCCAACAACUCAUGUUGGCCCCAUUUCUAACCCACCACGACCGCCACCGCUACUGCAGUCUCAAUCACAACCUCACACCUCCAACCCAGCGGUGUUUGACCCACUUUCAUACUAUCUACGAUUUCAACACCCGAGCUCCCUUUUCAAUGCAAACAUGGUAUGGCCCAAAACACUAGGAUCUGAGCCUACUUCCACUGAUAUGAUCAACCCCAUACUUGCUUCACCUAAUUUUACGGCCUCUUUCACUAAUCACUCCCCUAUAGCUCCAUUCUCUAGCGGUGUAGACAACCAUACAAGUGGUGCACCACCGGUGGCUGCAGAUACCACAAUAUCUGAUAAUCAAAAUCAGAUUCAGGGCCAGAAUCAAACGGCAGCGCGUAACCCGAAGAAAAGAACAAGAGCCUCCAGGCGUGCACCGACUACUGUGCUAACCACAGACACCACCAAUUUCAGAGCCAUGGUUCAGGAAUUUACAGGUAUCCCAGCGCCACCCUUCACUUCCUCGCCUUUUUCAAGAAGCAGACUUGAUCUUUUUGGUACACCCUCUAGCAUGAGAUCUAGCUUCAUGGACACUGUACAACCACCCUAUCUGCUGCGGCCUUUCGCACAAAAAGUUCAGUCACAAACCCCGUUUCUAACUUCUGCAUCCUCUUCUUCCUUGUUAAGUUCAAGUUCUAACAAUAUUGUAACUUCUGGUUCUUCAUCUACCGGUGCUUGUAAUUUAACUCCUUCCGUUAACUAUCAACUGGCUACUGAAAGUUCAAACCUUUCCAACAUUUUCCCACUUGCCAAUUCAGCCAUGCUAGGCUCAUCAAAACCUCGAGUUUCAUUGGAAAUUCCAUCAGAUGAUCAUUCACAUGUUAAAAUAGGGGGCUUGGGUGAAUUCAAUCUAGGUCAUGGCCAUGUUAACACAAGCGUUUCUGGGCUUCCAAAUCUCAUUUCUUCGGAUCAAAUGGCAUUGAGGGAUGAUAACAAUGCAACAAACUGGAGCAAGAAUCCUUCAAACAACGGUGGUCUACCUCAGAUGACACCUGAUAAUAGUAACUACAGUUUAUCACUUAAUGCUACAAGCGGAAAGCUCAUUUAUUCAGCUUCUUCAUCAGCAAAUUUUCACGGCGAGAAGCGGUCUGAUAAUGUUGCACCAAGAGGUGAAGGUAUGGUGGAAUCGUGGAUUUGUUCUUCAGACUAGAAAUGAUUAUACUGUAGAAAGUAUUCUGGGGUAAUGAUGAGAGUUAUGAUUAAACCAUUGAAAGAUGUUAAUUUAGUGUGAUCUUCGUGAUCUUUAACCAUGACUUUUACAAAGUUAAAUUACACUGUAGUACUAUUUAAAUUAUAUGUAAAUAAUAGUCUGCUUUUUGGAUC